AUACGUCUUCUUAGCAGGAGAUCAAAGCCGCCCAGAAUUCUUGCGAUCUCACAGGCCCAAACCCAAUGCUUUGUUCGAGCAUCAGGAUAAACAAAAUAGAAAACAAAGCCAAGAAAAAGAAAGAAAGAAUCUAAGACGUCUCUUACAAACUUACGCCACCAAUGACGUCGUACACAACCAGCCGCUUCCACACAAAUGGAAACAUUUGUAUUAUUAAUUAUUAUUAUCCCCAAACAUAUCCAGAUAUCCUUCUCCGCUUAGCAAUUAGCCCUUUCCCUGUAGCCCACACUUCACUGGUUCACUGAAAACUCACAACGAAACAGAGCAGCCAUGAAAAUCCUCCCACUAAUUCUCUGUUGCAUCCUCAUCAAUUCGCUGCUUCCCACCCAAUCCACCCACCGAAACCCACCUCCUCCAACCAGUAGCAUCAUCUUCACCACUCUCGGCCGAUCCAGCUACGCCUUCGACCUCUUCACUCUCCCCACGCGCCACCGCACCCCGCCGUCCCCUUCGUCCGAGCUCCGCCUCACCGAUGGCGCCUCCGUCAACUUCAACGGCCACUUCGCCUCCCCAUCUCCCGCUCUCCUCUCUCUCUCCCGCCAACCAUCUCCCAUCCAACAACCCUUUUCCACCCCCGCGGCGGCGGAGGCGGCGGAACUUCACCACGUCUACGUUUCGGAGAGGAACGGAUCCUGCAACAUAUACUACGACGCCAUUGCUUUCGAUUCUCACCCGCCGGAAAGCUCCUCCAGAUCGAGGUCCGCCAUGGAGAUCGCGCCACGUGUCCAGCUGCCUCUAAUCCACGGUCACGAUGGGCUCUCUCUGAAGGAUAGGCCCACUGUGGUUGGAGAUAAGCUGGUCUACGUGUCAACUCACGAAAAGUCCGCCGAGCCCAGGACGAGUUGGGCUGCCGUCUACUCGACCGAUUUGAAAACCGGGUCGACUCGGAGACUCACCCCAAUUGGAAUCGCCGAUUUCAGCCCCGCCGUGUCUCCCUCCGGAUUUCUCACCGCCGUAGCUUCCUACGGCGAGAAUGGGUGGAACGGCGAGGUGGAGGAACUCUCCACCGAUAUCUACGUCUUCCUGACAAAGGACGGGUCAGAGCGGGUCAAAAUCGUCGAACACGGCGGGUGGCCGAGUUGGGUCGACGAUUCGACCCUGUUCUUCCACAGGAAGAGCGAGGAAGACGGGUGGAUCAGCGUGUACAAGGCGAUUCUACCGAAUUCGGGCCCGAUCUCGACCGAUUUGGUGACCGUCACCCGAAUCACCCCGCCGGGAAUCCACGCGUUCACUCCGGCGACUUCCCCGGGCAACACCGAUUUCAUCGCCGUCGCCACCAGGAGACCCACCUCGAGCUACCGUCACAUAGAGCUCUUCGACCUUGUCAAUAACGAGUUCACCGAGUUGACCCGCUUCGUGUCCCCUCAAACCCACCAUCUCAACCCGUUCCUCUCGCCCGACUCGGGUCGGGUCGGGUACCACAGGUGCAGAGGCCAAUCCAACUCCGGCGACCCCCACUUGCUGCUGGAGAGUCUUCACAGCCCACGACCGGACGUCUCGCUGUUCAGAAUCGACGGAUCCUAUCCCGUCUUCUCCCCCGCCGGCGACAGGAUCGCCUACGUCGAAAUGCCUGGUGUGUACGUGGUGAACCGGGACGGUUCGAAUCGGCGUCAGGUUUACCCAGGAAUGGCUUUCACGACCGAGUGGGACCCGGUUCGCCCGGGGAUCGUGUACACUGCAGCCGGACCUACUUUCGCCCCGGUGAGCUCGGAGGUGGACAUCAUCUCCAUCAACGUUGAUAACCCUAACGCGGACAAUAACGUCAAGAAAUUGACCACCAACGGCAUCAACAACGCUUUUCCCUCGCUCUCCCCCGACGGAAAAUGGAUCGUCUUCCGUUCGGGUUUAUCGGGUCAGAAGAAUCUGUACAUAAUGGACGCAGAGAAGGGCGAGGCCGGCGACGGCGGGCUCCGCAAGUUGACGGAGGGUCAAUGGACGGACACGAUGUGUAAAUGGUCGCCGGACGGCGAGUGGAUUGCCUUCUCAUCGGACCGGCACAACCCGGGUAGCGGCAGCUUCGCGAUCUACUUGAUCCACCCGAAUGGCACCGGGUUGAGGAAGCUGAUUCAAAGCGGCUACGGCGGGCGGUGCAACCAUCCCUAUUUCAGCCCGGAUUCGAAGAGCAUAGUGUUCACCACGGACUACGCCGGAAUAUCGGCGGAGCCCAUCUCAAACCCGCAUCACUACCAGCCGUACGGAGAUAUCUUCACGAUCAAAUUGGACGGCUCGGAGUUGACGAGGUGGACGCAGAAUUCAUACGAGGAUGGGACGCCGGCGUGGGGGCCAAUGUAUAUGGAGCCAAGUGAUGUGAAGUGGCCGAAUUAUGGACCAGGUUGCUCGUUUGAGGAUUGCUAUUUUCUGGACGAGAUCCCAACUUCUGGCGGCCGGGAGAAAAAUCUGAAAACAUCCGGCAGGCCUCGCUGUUAAUCAGCUUAAGGAAAAUGUAUGUUGUAUUACUGUGUAAAUCUGUGAGCACUGAGCAGUGAACACUAAUAAGUUUUGCCCUCUUCUUAAUACGCUAAGGUAAAUAAUGACGACCACUCUGCUGUAGAAUAUUUGCCUGUAUUGAUAAAUAAUAUAUACUACUGAUGUAC